CUGCUAACCCGUUUGCUAAAGAAUAGCGCAAGCUCGGAUAUGAAUGAGGUAUAAAUAUGAUCAUGAGAAUACGAUUUUCGAGCGAAUUAUUUUAUGAGACGCAGUUGCAGGCUACUUCAUUUACGCUACAGCUACAUUUAUAAAUACAACUAUAAAAUAUGCUGAUACUACACAUUCCUUACGGCUGCAGUAUCGAGCGAGUUUGUGACCUGAAGCUUUGUUCGACCAAAUGACCUCUCGAUUAAUUUUGAUUCAUUCUAUUUAGUCCAUAUAUCAAACAUCGCUUCAAUAGUGCAAUAUUCCAUCUCUGACUAAUGCACAACCGCAUCGUCAGCGUCUUUACCCCCCGGGCGAAAGUCAUACAAAUUUCGAUUUCCAAAACUAAAACCUUUCAUCAUCGCGAGCAAAUUCCCGAUUGCAGCUCUCAUCACGCCAAAACAGCAUGACCGGCACCGCUCGAAAUCCAAAAGCCUCGGACAUCUGUUCUCUCCGUGUCAACAAACAAACAAUCCUCCGCCAUAAACUUCCGCAAAUGACGAUCGAAGCUUAUAAUAAUUAUUAAACACGAUCGACGUUGCGUUACCGAUUUGCCAACUCCUGGCACUCGCGAGCUCUCAAAAGUGCGACGACGAGCGCUGGUCCGGCUAUUCGUCGCGCGAACAUGGCGAAGACCGGCAUGGGCACCCUACUGUCCGUCAUUUUUCUCAUUCUCGGCACGACUUUCCUGCCGGAGCCCAUAGACGCUGCGCCGCAGGACUAUCAGAGCCGCAGCGAGAGAAGCCCGUCGCCCGAUCCGAGAUGUCCGAACUGUCCGAAAGAUUGUCCGGAGAGUUUGUCCGGGCGAUUGCCAGAACGAGAAUCGGAAGUCGAGCAGUACAGCGCAAUGGCUAAGCCACCGUAUGCACCACCUGCAUACAACGCAGUCCAGCAACAGCAGCAGUACAGCGUUCAGCAACCGGGGUCUUACGCAGCUCCUCCACCACCACGGCCGCCGUCUCCACUCUACAGUGUAGCUCAGCCACCUCCUUCUUACUCCGCACCUCCUCCAGCAGCCUAUGCCCAUCAGCCUGCGGCAGCUUACCCAUCACCACCGGUGCGUCCAGCUUACGCUGUCCCUCAGCCGUCCUAUGGAGCUCCGCCACCACCGGCGCAUCCAGCAGCUUACGGCGCGCCACCACCCCCGCCUCCACCAGCGUCCUACGCUGCUCCUCCACCACCACCGCCACCACCAGCGUCCUACGCUGCUCCUCCACCAGCACCACCGGCGUCCUACGCUGCUCCUCCACCAGCACGACCCUCGCCACCGGCGUCCUACAACCAGCCUCCACCACCAGCAACGUACAGCCAGCCUUCGCCGCCAGCAUCGUACAACCAGUCACCACCACCAGCAUCCUAUAACCCACCAUCCCUAACACCACCACCAGCGUCCUAUAACCCACCGUCCCGACCACCACCACCACCACCACCACCGGUAACAGAGAAACCGCUCAAAAUCACUCUCAGCCGACCAUCGCCACCACCAUCGACCAAGUCAUCGUAUCCCAACAAACUCCCGCCACCACCAGCGAUACCAAACGAACCUCCCCUAUCGGACAAGCCCUGCUUCAAACAACCUCCGCCACCACCAUCCAAGCCCAAGACCUACGACCCACUACCUAUGCCCCGUUAUAACCACCUGACCAACCCCUGGGCUCCGAUAGCACCACCAGCUCAGUACCGCAGCUUCGGCUACAACCCCUACGCGCCCAGUCCGUACCAGCCGAACUACCUCAAUGCCCGACCCACCUACAGCUGCAGCUGUGACGACUUCGAUCUGGACGACGAGGACGAGGCUGUGUUCAGCAAGUACAACCGACGCUCCUCCGACAACAGGUACUACCGACACUCCGGCCACCACCAGGACCACUUCGUCGACCCGCUCAACUCUCCCACCAGUAUGUACAAGAACUACCGGCCCUACGACAGGGACGAGGCACGUAGCGUUUUCUCCGACGAGUUCGGUUCCGAAGAGCAGAGCACCGGCAGCAGCAAGGAGCAGCCUCGCGAGCGGCUGUACGUAGUCUACCGCGCCGACGCCAUGAAGGACAAGACCCCGUCGUCUUCGGCUCCCGUAAUGAGCUACCUCACCGAGGACCAGUCCAUGUCGGACCGCGAGAUCGAGUCCAUGAUCCGCCGAGCCAUCGACAUCUCCAGACUCCAGAGAAGCCACCAGGACAACGUUCUCUACAGCCGGACCGACCCGCGGUACCAAUACCAGCACGUCUCGCAGCAGCUCGACAGCCCUGCGGAACAGCCCGAGUUCAAGAGCCUGGCGCAGCAGCAGUACGAGUCCCAGUACCCGGUGGGCCAGUACCAGAUGUCACCAGUCCAGAUGAUGGACAACGAGGGCCAGUACGUCGUCAGGGAGGAAGGCGACGAAGCCAACAACCCUGGCUGGGACCAGACCAAGUGGACGGCUGUGCCGGCGAUGUCCAGCGACUUCGACAACCCGGAAAACGUCUAUGCGGCCAACGUGGGUGUCAGCAACGGGGAAUCGGUUGUCCCGACCGAGACCGAACCUGCUGCUCCUGCUGUUGUUCCUCCGGUAGAGGUAGGCGAGGAAACUCAGCAUUCAGAGGAGAUACAGCCCGAAAGUAGGCUCGAGAAGAAGGAGAUCGGCGAACCGGAGGCCAAGGAGAACAAGACUGAGGAGGUGGACCUGAUCGAGGACAUGGAGGCGCCGCAGACCGUCACCGAGGCGUCGAGCUUCGACAAACACGCGGAGACGACGACGGAUGAUGGGAUGUAAUAGUUGUAAUUUUUUGCUGCUAUCAUAAGGAGUGAUAUUUUUUAGUUAACCUUUACUGUUAGUUGCGUCCUUUUUUUAAAUUGCGAAAUAUCGAAUUGUACGGGGAGAAUAUAAACGUUUAUAUUGUUCUGGACAAUAAAAAAAAUGUGUGAAAAAUAUA